AUGAAUAAGCGAGACAGCAAUAAAGAGAAAGAACGUCAGAGUGACGACAAAAGAACCUCUGCCGCGACCGGUGCGGUGGGCGGGCGCGGCGUGGGCGGAAGCAGCGCGAUGCACACGUCGCGGCACUCUGUCACCUCGUCCUCGGGCGUGCUGAUGGUCGGGCCCAACUUCCGGGUGGGCAAGAAGAUCGGAUGCGGCAACUUCGGUGAACUAAGGCUAGGCAAGAACCUAUACAACAAUGAGCAUGUAGCGAUUAAGAUGGAGCCUAUGAAAUCCAAGGCUCCGCAACUUCAUCUAGAGUACCGAUUUUACAAGUUACUAGGCACCCACGCCCCGUCCACAGCGGAAGGUAUCCCCGAGGUGUACUACUUCGGGCCGUGCGGUAAAUACAAUGCGCUGGUGAUGGAACUGCUCGGCCCCUCGCUCGAGGAUCUCUUCGAUCUAUGCGGCCGACGUUUCUCUCUAAAGACUGUAUUAAUGAUCGCCAUGCAGCUGUUACAUCGCAUCGAGUAUGUCCACACAAGACACCUCAUAUAUCGAGACGUGAAACCGGAGAAUUUUUUAAUAGGUAGAGCAUCGACUAAAAGAGAAAAAGUCAUUCACAUCAUUGAUUUCGGUUUGGCCAAAGAAUACAUAGACUUAGAGACUAACAAACAUAUCCCAUAUCGGGAGCACAAAUCGCUCACCGGCACCGCGAGAUACAUGUCAAUAAAUACACAUUUAGGAAAAGAACAAUCCAGACGCGACGACCUGGAGGCGCUCGGGCAUAUGUUUAUGUAUUUUUUACGCGGCUCUUUACCCUGGCAGGGCUUAAAGGCCGACACACUUAAAGAGCGAUACCAAAAAAUCGGCGACACCAAACGGGCGACACCAAUCGAGGUGCUAUGCGAGGGCCACCCCGAGGAGCUGGCGACGUACCUCCGCUACGUGCGCCGGCUCGACUUCUUCGAGACGCCCGACUACGACCAGCUGAGGCGGAUGUUCCGCGACCUGUUCGAGCGGCGCGGAUACGUGGACGACGGCGAGUUCGACUGGACCGGCAAGACGAUGUCUACACCGGUGGGCUCCAUUCAGACCGGCCACGAGAUUGUGGUCUCGCCCAAUCGAGACCGACACCAGCCUUUUCAUAAGGAUGAAUUGUGUGAUUAUAUGAUUGGUUUGGUUGAGGACGAUGAGGCGGCCCUCAUAUGCGUAGAGGAGUGCAAGGGGUCCCAACCAACAUCUCUCGGGACCCAAGCCAACCUCGCCUGCCCGCGGUGCACUCUGCUGAUCAACGAAAGAGGCUCUGGCAACCCGCCAACACGCACUGGACCAGCGCGGCGGGUUAUGGUCCGUACCCCCCAUAUGAUGGUGGACAAAGUAGCACGGCCCCUAGUGCCCGGGGGCUCCGGCUGCAACGCGGACCGAAGAGAGGAGCCCAGACAGGGUCCGCGAUUCGUUUGUGAUUUGGGAUCCCGUCGGUCCGUCGCUUUGCAGGGGGCGGUGAAGGACACCGGCACCGGCGGUACAGCGAACACCGGCGGCAACUGGCCCCACAGCGGCAAGGCGACGCCCCUAACGGCGGGUCACCUUACGCCGGCCGACCGGCACGGAUCAGUUCAGGUGGUGAGCUCGACGAACGGCGAGCUUGGUGCCGAUGACCCUACGGCGGGCCACAGCAACACGCCCAUCACGCAGCCGCACCACGAGGUGGACGUGGUCGACGACACCAAGUGCUGCUGUUUCUUCAAGCGCAAAAAGAAGAAGUGCGCGGCGCGCGCGGGCAAG